AUGUACAGGGAGAUGAGCACUGGCUAUUCUAUGGCAAGGGAGAAGCUGAUGAAGCGCAGGUCAGUUCGCCAGGUCGAGCUGCAGCAGGGGAAUCUAGUACUCGAUGUCCAUGUGCCAUCUCAUAUCGUGCCAAAGGGCAUGAGUGACGUCGAGGAGAUGACCAAGAUGCGAUAUACUGCUGCCACUUGCGACCCAGAUGACUUCAUGCGAAAAAAGUACUCUCUCAGACCGUACCUCUAUGGACGCCACACAGAACUUUUUAUCGUGAUGACCAUGUAUAACGAAGAUGAAAUCCUUUUUGUAAAGACGAUGAAUGCUGUGAUUAAAAACGUUGCUCACCUUUGCGGUCGUAACCGGUCGAAAACCUGGGGCCAUGAUGGCUGGAAGAAAGUUGUGGUCUGUAUAGUCUCGGAUGGACGAAACAAGGUCAACAAACGCACGCUUCAAGUGCUCACGCUGAUGGGUUGCUACCAAGAAGGGAUUGCAAAAGAUUCUGUUGGAGGAAAAGACGUCACCGCCCAUAUCUUCGAAUAUACCACCAAUGUUGUAGUCACGGACACGGGUGAAGUUUCCACGGGAGCUUGCCCGAUUCAGGUUUUGUUCUGUCUCAAGGAGCAGAACAAGAAGAAGCUUAAUAGUCAUCGUUGGUUCUUCAACGCAUUUGGUCCUUUGAUCAAACCCAAUGUCUGCGUCCUUUUGGACGUUGGGACGAAGCCAACCAGCACUUCCAUCUAUGAACUGUGGAAAUGUUUCGACAAACAUUCUAACGUUGGAGGAGCUUGCGGAGAGAUUUGUGUUGAUACAGGCAGAGGGUGUUCCCUGCUCCUGCUUAGUCCUCUGGCGGCUUCGCAAAAUUUCGAGUACAAAAUGUCAAACAUCCUUGAUAAACCCCUAGAGAGUGUUUUCGGCUACAUUAGUGUCCUCCCAGGAGCAUUCAGUGCCUACAGGUAUAAGGCUUUACAGAACGGACCUGAUGGAAAAGGCCCGCUUGCGUCAUAUUUCAAGGGCGAGACUUUGCACGGAGGUGGCGCUGAUGGCGCUGGAUUAUUCGAGAGAAACAUGUACUUGGCUGAAGAUCGUAUAUUGUGCUUUGAAAUCGUGACGAAGAAGCGCGAGGGAUGGAUUCUUAAGUACGUCAAGAGUGCAAAAGCGUCUACUGAUGUUCCCACCACGGUUCCCGAGUUUAUCUCCCAACGACGACGAUGGCUUAAUGGUUCCCUUUUUGCCUCGUUUCACUCUACCAUAUUUUUCUACCGGAUCUGGACUUCUGGCCAAAACCCCAUCCGGAUGUUUGUCCUUCAGAUUGAAUUUAUCUAUAACGCGGUACAGCUUCUGUUUACUUGGACGUCACUCGCCAAUUUCUACCUGGCUUUCUUCUUCUUGGUCUCCUCUGCAACUCAAAGUAACGGCGCAUUCAACUUCCUUAGUCAAAGUGCUGGCUCGGAUAUUUUCGAGGUUUUCCUCAAGUUGUAUAUCGCCUUGAUAUUCGUCGUUACCGUCUGUUCACUUGGUAAUCGGCCGCAAGGGUCUAAAUGGAUCUAUGCCCUUUCAAUGGUUCUCUUUGGUUUUUGUAACAUCAUCACUCUCUGGUGUGCUGGAUUCACAGUAUAUCUCGCCGUGCCGCAUACAGUUGCGGGAUGGAAAGAUUUCCCUAACUUGGUGGCCACCAAUCAGGCCUUCCGUGAGAUCGUCAUCUCCCUGGCAGCCACAUAUGGCCUGUACUUCUUUUCAUCGUUCAUGCAUUUUGAGCCCUGGCAUAUGUUUACAUCGUUUGUCCAAUAUAUGUUUUUAUUGCCGAGCUAUGUCAACAUCUUGAUGAUGUACGCGAUGUGCAACUUGCACGAUGUAACAUGGGGCACUAAAGGAGACAAUGGCUCUACUAAAGACCUUGGUGGAGCUAAGAAAGUCUCGGGAGAGAACGGCAAAGAGUUCAUGGAAGUAGAAAUACCUACCGCGAGGGAGGAUGUCGACCAAGUCUGGGCAGCGUCGCGCAGUUCUUUGAAGAUCAAACCUCCCGAAGAGAAGGAGCACCGUGAUGCUGCCACCAAACAAGCUGAUCAUGACCGUAACAGUCGAACAAAUGUGGUGUUGGCGUGGGUUGGAACGAACAUGGUCCUGAUUCUUAUCUUCACGUCGACUGCAUUCACGAAUUGGGUCGAUGCACACGUGGAGAAAACGCAGAGUUCGAAUUUCAAUCCAUAUCUGAGCUUCUUGUUUAUUGCCCUGGCUGGCCUGUCUGCAAUUCGUUUUGUAGGAUCAGCUCUGUAUCUCAUUUUCCGGCUGUUCGGCCAUUAGGUUGAUAAGCCUCCCCUCCUUUGUUCUUAUUUUCUGGGGAGUUGAUCUCCGCGGGAUCUUUUUUUUUGGAAGAGACAUUUAGUUGUAGUUGAUGGGACGAGGGGGAAGCGACGAGUAAAACUCAGUGUUCCAUAGUGUAUUGUAUCUUUUUGUGAUACCCUUUCGUUCGAUUCUUAACCGUGCCAUGCUGCCAAUGCACAGAUUGAUUUUGGCGAUUUACUUGUGUCCUGUCUUGUUCUGCGAUUUCUAAUUUUGAUGUUCUAGUGUUGUAUGUUUUGCCUACCAGUAAUAGACAAUCUCAUUGCUUUUCAUUGA